UAAAAAUCAGUAAGUCUGUAGACUCGCAACACAGACCUUUAAAAAUCAAAAUGUUCAAAUUGGUGGUGUUGUUCGCUGUCGUAGCCGUGGCUGUAGCUAAACCAGGAUACCUUGGAGGACAUUUGGGAUACUCUGUCGUAGCGUCGCCCUUGGCCUACUCUUCUCCAGUAGCCUACACUUCUCCAGUUGCCGUAGCUCACAGCUACGCCGCUCCAGCUGCCGUCAGCCACACCUACAGAAAGGACAUCAUUAGCAAACCAAUCGUAGCCACCUACGCUGCUCCAGCUAUUGUUGCCGCUCCAGUAGUACAAAAGACCAUCGUAGCUGCUCCAGUACUUCACAGGACCAUUGUAGCUGCUCCAGUACUUCACAGGACCAUUGUAGCUGCUCCAUCUUACGCUUACUCUGCUCCACUUUCUUAUGCUGCUCAGGUACCAGCCGUACAAGCCUGGUAAAAAGAGGACUGAUAUAUUAUUUAUGUAUAAAUAAACUACUUUAUUUAAUUAAUAUAGUUGUUUCUGGUUUUUAAACCAUUUCUAAAAUUAAAAGAAAAUCUUUAAUGGUGAAUUAAUAUUUG